CGCAAAAGCGCGGCGCGCACGUUUAGGCAGCCCCACGCCACCCACAACCCAGAAACAGUCGCAUCGAUGGACGCCGCGCCCUUCGCGCCGCGGUGCGCCGUCGUGCUGCGCGAGCUCGCGCCGGAGGCGCGGAGAAGGUAUGUGACCAUGCUAGCCAACCGGAACGUCGAGUCGCGGCAGGACGGCGACGCCUGGGUCGCGAAUUUGCGGAUUUUGGCGCCGGGCGUCGACGCGCCCGCACUUGCAGAGAAGCCGGCGGCGAAGGCAAAGCCGCCGCUGCGCGAGCGCCUCGCGCGCGCCAUCAAAUCUGAUGAAGGACCGCCCGACGUCGCGUCCAUCAAUACCUUGGCGUAUCCCCGCUUCGCCUCGCUCAUCUGGCGCGCCGUCGGGACCUCACCGACCGCCGAGGUCAAGCCGCUCCCGUGGUUGAUGAGAACAGCAGAAAGUAUAUAUGAUGCGCGCUACAAGCGCGACGCCGCGGCGCUCCAGAAGAAUGUGGACGUGGACCGGUUCCCGGAGUUCGUCAUCGCGUGCCUCAUGCGCGAGUCCGGCGUCGAUGGUAUCGUGGAAAAGAAGUGCUGGGCUUUAUUAUGCUCGGCCGAGCACCACCGCAUCCACAAUAAGGAGGCCGAGGUGUUUGCGAGGUUCCUCGCCGAGACCUGGGACGCCGACGCGUUGUUGUUUUACCUGCGGUGUCGGCACGAGGUGAUGCGUUCUACCAAGACAACUCUGGGCGCGCGCUGGGCGCCCGGCGAGCACGCCGCGCGGCAAGAAGUGGUCGUACUGUCACCGUCCGACGUGCAACGCGUCGCCAGAAACGUGUGGCGCGAGCAUAGCGAGGAAUUGGUCGACGCAGUCGAGGCCUUCCGCGAGAGUAGUGGACGCGUCGAGGCGGCGCAGUUCUUGGAUAUAGCCGUGGGCCAGUACGUGCGGGCGCGAGACGACGUCUCUCCUGAUGUGGCGGACCUGGUCGAGGCCGAGGCGGACGCGCUCGUCUCGGAAGUGGCCCUCGCCCCGGAAGUCGUCGGGGAAAUCCGGGGCGAGGUCGUGGACUUCCUGCGGACCGCGACCGUCGGCGACGACGCGGCGACGCGGCUCGCGGAGGUGCGGGGCGAGGCCGCGGCGCUCGUCGACGCGCUGGCGGCGUACGCGGCGGAGCAUGCUGGUCUCGCGGGGGAGUGA